AUGCUUGCCGCCUCACUGGCAUCUAUCGAUAUUAUCAGGGUCGAGGCCGGCAAGACUGGGCUCAGGUACUCUUCUGAUAUUACCACUCUCAACAAAGGGGACGUCGUCGAGUUCCAUUUCGGUACCCACGCGCAGUGUUGCCGCCGGCGACCUCAAGAAGCCUUGCACCCCAGUUGCGAGCGAGUUGCGAGCGCAGGAUUCUACGCCGACACAUCACCUGCGGGAAACGAUUGUCUCUCUACACACUCGGUUUGGCGGCUCAGUGGGCUCCAACGUCAUUACAAGCGCAGCGGAAAGUUCAUCGACGCCUUCUUCGACGGCCUCGAGGCCUGUUUCCACCGAGUCGAAAUCUACUUCAACCGAAGUGGUGACUGUUUCCACUGGAUCGGAGACGGCUCUGCUGAGUCAAAAGCUAGUUCCGCCGAAGAAACUACGGCUGCUACUGAGUCAAAGUCCGCCUCCAUCACUGUGCUCUCCAACACACCCGCGUCGAACCCGCCAACCUCGCCAACCGCGGGGUCGUCCCGUCAGACGCCGGCAACAGAUAUUUAA